GAUGGCGUCACAUCGCUGCUGCUGACCUUGUUUCGAAGUUUCAAACAGCCCAGAACGUCUUGUUCGCGCUACUUUCGGUGACUGUUCGCUUAUUUCGCGCAAAAAACGAAAAAAUUGGCAAUGAUCCGAGCUGUAUGUUCGCGAGCAAUCUUUGAGUUCGCGCCUGUGAAUACUUCUUUGACCUCUUCCCAGAGAGCAGCAUCUGCAUCCGGGAUUUCGUUGUUUCGGCGUUUGCUACAGCAGAGCAGUGUGUGUCUCGAGAAGAGCACCGGAACUUCUCAGAUGGAGUCAAACCAAGUAGUUCCUGAUGUGAUCGACACGGUCCCGCAGAACAACGUUGAGGUGACUUACAAUGGACAGAAGGUUAACAUGGGGAAUGUUUUGACGCCGACGCAAGUCCAGUGUCCUCCGAAAGUCUCGUACCCAACAGAAGACGGCGCUCUUUACACCCUCUGCAUGACUGACCCCGACGCACCGAGUAGGCAAAGUCCAAAGUACCGAGAGUGGCAUCAUUGGCUUGUGGUGAACAUUCCCGGCUGCAAUGUCUCCGAGGGAGAGACACUGUCGGAGUAUGUCGGUUCUGGUCCACCAAAAGGAACAGGUCUGCACCGAUAUGUGUUCCUGGUUUACAAGCAGCCUGGAAAGCUCAGCUGUGAUGAAAAGCGCCUCACGAACCGCUCUGGUGACCACCGAGGUUGCUUCAAAGUUCGCGAAUUUGCCAAGAAGUAUCAGCUGGGCGAGCCGGUUGCUGCCAACUUCUACCAGGCAGAAUGGGAUGACUAUGUGCCUAAGCUGUAUGAGCAGCUCAGUGGCAACUGAGUUCAAAGCACUCUCCCUGUUUUUCUUUUUUUUUUGUUCCCAUUCUGUUGCUGAGCCUUCAUGUUCGGGCCAAACAUGCCACUGGUCUUUAGCAUGUUCUCAAUAAAACAGCUUUGCUGGUCUGUAACUCCUUUUUUUUCCUUGAUUACUUGCAUGUCACACUACCCCUUUUCUCUCACAGUUCCGCCCUCAUUAGUACCAGUGAUAUCUUGUGUGUCUUGUUGGCAAAUUACUUCACAUCCAGUAUUCACAACUACACUGUGUUGUGUUAUCUAGUUGAUAAAAUAUGAGGCAUGCCAAAACUGUUGCACAUUAUACUGCUGGGAUGCUACUAAGGACUACUGUGAGAGUUCAACUGAUGAUGUUGCAUUCAACAAACUUCUACAAUGGGGAAUGAAUGGGCUAAAGAGCAAAUGUAUCAUUGUUGCAUUCAACAAACUUCUACAAUGGAAAGUGAAAGGGCUAAAGAGCAAAUGUAUCUCUUUUGUGGGUAAUUGUGAAGACAGUACAAAUGUACAAGCAGCGUUUGCUCACCGCUAAGGCAAAAGCAGGCCGUUUUUCACAUACAUGCAGCUAUUGUCAACCAUGAGCAUGUUAUGCAAAUUUUGCUUUGUUAUGUAUUAAAAAAAAGGUUGGUGCAUGUUAGUUUAACUGCAGACCAGCAUUCCAGCUGGAUGGCAGCUUGCUUUUAUGCCUAGUGAUUUGUCGUUUCACUUGUUGUUUUAGGCCAACAUAUUCUGUUUUCUGCCAUUAUCUAAUAAAACGUUCUUGUGCUGGGC